CCGGCAAUUCUUUUACAACUCGAUCACUGAAGUAAAUAUCUAACGGUACCUCCCCUCCAGGAGUACCUGCACCAACGUUACGUCGCUGAGGAGGUUGUCGACCCUCCGCGUGCUUUUUCACCGGUGGCAGAAGAAGAACCUUCUUCUUAUAUUAGUACCAUACGAGCUCCGCAGCGGUCAUAGUCGCGUCCCUGGAGAUGACCACCAGGCUACAGCGCGCGUAUAUUUGAAUCCAAAGAGCGCGCACUAAUCGAAACUCCUACAAAACCAUGCGCACUCUUAGAUAGUGAACUUAGUUUGUUGAAGAAGUUGUUAAACCAUUGUUAUUAUUAUUAUUAUAUUAAUUAUUAUUAACAAUAAUUUAUUACGAGACUACCGUCGCGACAUAAUUUGUUAUUAUUUGUUUUAAAUCCUAUAUCUAGUCCUUAGAAGAUGUUGCCAAUAAUUGUGUUAACUGUAGCCUAUUUCUUUACAACCAUAGAAUCAUCGCCUGUAUAUAACAUGCAACCAGCUUACAUCACUGCCAAUAUUGGUACAACAGGAAGAAAUAUUAGAAAUCUUCCGUGUAUAUCAAGAAAAAAUAGUCUGAGCGGAGUUUGCAUGUUCGCCAUCGAUUGCUUCAAGGCUAAUGGAACUCACUUAGGCACCUGCAUCGACAGGUUUUACUUCGGUUCUUGCUGCCACAUCGAAUCCAUAUCGAAUGACAUCGAUAACAAUAUCGAACUUGCUCUUUUCCCGGAUAAACACCGAGACCCUCCUUUAAAAUUGGAUACCACAGAAAAAUUAGACGGAGAAACUUCUUUAGCUACCACAAUCAAUCCAGAAAAAUAUACGCAAACUUCGACAAAUUUAGCAAAUAUCUCCACUAGUGUUAGUAGUAGUACUUUACAAGAACUAAGACAGAAACCAACACAGAAAACGACAACGAAACCAACCGCUAAAAUAACUACAACUACUUCUCCAACUCCUCCAACAACAAUAACUACUUCAACAACAACUACCCCAAUAACUACAACUACUCCAACAACUACAGUUACUCCAUCAACUAUAAUUCCAACAACAACUCUCAUAACCACAUCAACGAAAAAAAUAACGACUCCAACACCAACAUCAACUACAACUACGCCCACAAGAAAAACAACACCGAUAAUAAUAACCACAAAUAAAAGGAUAGAACCAACUUCAAAAAUUCCUAUCAUAAUAACAAAAGACCCGAUAACGGAACUAAACGAAUUUAAAUUAACGACUUUUCAAAGUGUAGACAACGAAAUACAAACAACGUUAAAACCGUUUGUAACAUUUUCGAAACCGACCGUGAGUAGCUUGAUUUAUAAACCAACGAAAAGGCCAACGGUUCACGUAAAUGUAGUGACUGAAGAGACAAAAGAGCCAAUAACUGUUAGUGUACCUUUAGUUACAAGACCUUCUUCGCCAAGUUCACGUCCAGAAUUGAUCAAGGUAACCACAAAACCCACGAAAUCCAGCAGACCGACGAAACCGAACAGCAUAAAACCAACUAGAACGAAACCCAGUAGGCCAACUCAAAAACCGAUUACAAGACCAUCGAGUAAACCAACCAGAAAGGUGACGACUACCACAAAACCAAUAAAAAUCGUAACAAAAAUUUCUACGGUAAAAACUGAAGUUGAAAAAUUAACAACUACGAGACCAGAGUUAAUAGAAACUAAACGUCCAAGUUCAACCACGAUUAUAACGACGAUGAAACCAAUUGUAACCGAAUCUCCACCUAGAUUUACACUUUCAGAUGAAUUACAAGCUCCAGCUAUUAAUGCGUCAAAUUCUUUCCAGAUUACAAGUCCUGAUAGUACUUCCUCUAAUAAUACUCAAAGUUCCACAAUUUCUAUUCAAACUACCCAAAAUACUUCAUCUUCCUCAAAACAACCUGUUACAACAACAGUUACAACUCCCUCCAUAACGUUAUCCGCAUCAACAACUAAACCUAUAACAAGUGAACCUGUAACAAAUAAACCUAUAACAACCAUAAAUGCAACUACACAUAAACCAUCAAUAAGCACAACUGAACAACUGCCAAUUUUAUUAACCACACAAAACCCAAUUGGUUUGUUCCCAAUGGAAGAAGGAUUGAAAGUUCCAGAAAUGGCAACAACAACCGAAUCAAAUGAUAUUUUAACUAUGAAUUUAACGUCGAUAUCUUCGGAGGGAGUGAAUGGAAAUACAGCUACUAAUGAAAUUGAAUCUAUUAAACCUAUAAUAGAACCUACCACAAAACCUAGCUUGGUUACGUGGACUGGAUCAGUUGAAGAACCAAUUAUUAAUGGAACAGAUGGAGAUUGGGUGCCAAUGACUACCCCAGACGGUUGGGUCAUGCUUCCUAGUGUUUCCUCUGUAGAAGAACAUUCUUCACAAUCUUCAAAUGGUACAUCAACAACAACAAAAUUACCGUUAAUCCAUGUUGAAAUUACAUCUACAACGGAUCAUAUUGCUCCAUCAGAAGCUUCGAGUGGAAGUUAUAACGUAUCGACAUCCGAAGAAGGUUCUACAACGAUCGAUUCAACCAAUCAAGUGGAGGAACCGACAUUUAAUAUGUCUAAUUAUAGAGACGUGUGCGGAAGGAGGAUUUACCCGGAAGCGAGAAUCGUGGGCGGAGACAACUCCUCGUUCGGGAAAUGGCCUUGGCAAAUAUCCCUAAGACAGUGGCGUACGUCUACGUACCUUCACAAGUGUGGAGCGGCUCUUUUAAGUGAAUACUGGGCCAUUACUGCGGCUCAUUGCGUCGAAAGGGUACCACCAAGUGAUCUUCUUCUUCGGCUGGGCGAAUACGACUUGGCAAACGAAUUGGAACCGUACGUACACCAAGAAAGAAGAAUUCAAAUUGUUGCGUCACAUCCCCAAUUUGACCCCAGAACAUUUGAAUACGAUUUAUCGUUAUUAAGGUUUUACGAACCUGUUAAGUUCCAACCAAAUAUUCUUCCGGUUUGUGUGCCGCAGAAUGAUGAUGAUUUUAUUGGAACAAAUGCUUACGUUACUGGAUGGGGAAGGCUAUACGAAGAUGGACCUUUACCUAAUAUUUUACAAGAAGUGCGAGUUCCAGUAAUUAACAACACAUUGUGUGAGUCGAUGUAUAGGUCAGCAGGUUACAUCGAGCAUAUUCCGCAUAUAUUCAUAUGUGCUGGAUGGGGUAGGGGCGGUUACGAUUCCUGCGAGGGUGAUUCCGGCGGACCCAUGGUAAUCCAACGGGAAGAUAAACGUUUUCUACUUGCGGGAGUGAUAUCCUGGGGCAUCGGGUGCGCAGAACCGAAUCAACCCGGUGUGUACACGCGGAUAAGCGAAUUCAGAGAGUGGAUCAAUCAAAUCCUUCAAUUUUAAGGGACAUGAUUAUUAAAGAUACGAUAUAUAUGUGAUUUUAAAGAUCUGUGCUAAGCAUAAUAAAAAUAUUUGUUAUUCCAUGUGUAUCGAUGUGAAACGAAAUAAGUGAAAAAUAACUAAAGACGAUGUUAUUAUUAAAUUAAUGAAGAGAAUCGUAUUUUCAGUGGAAUAUUUUUUUUAUUAUUUGAUUUAGAUGUGGUUAAAUUGGUUGCAAUUUUUAUAUUCCACUGGAUUUAUAAUUAGAAAAACUAUGAAGACAGUAUGCAAUUUUUUAUUAAUACAAUUAAGUUACAUUACUGUUUAAUAGUUACAAGUUUUUUGAUCUAUGUCGAUUUAAUCAUAAAUCUUAUACGAGUGAUGUAAAGUAAUUACAAUUAUGUAAAUAGUGGUGCAUGUAAUUGUAUUUUUUAUUUUGUAAAAUAAAUAUUUAUUUAUUUAAGCAUAA